AUGGCUCUUACUGUCGGCAUUGCAGGCAUCACGACCAAAUUCGUUCCCCUGCUCCCCGAUCAUCUCCGUGGAUCGCCCCACAUCACGAUCGUCGAGGGCGAGGCUAGUGAUCUACAGACCAUCCGAUCUUUCACGCACGGCUGCGAUGUUAUCAUUUGCUGCUACCUCAAUGAUACGCUGAUAGUGGAAGGACAGAAGACUCUCCUUGAUGCUCGCGAGCUAGAGCAUGUUAGACGAUACAUUGCCAGCGACUACUGUCUAGACUUUACAAAGCUAGAACUUGUACGGCACCCAGCCAAAGAUCCCAUGAAGCAUGUCAAAGCCUACUUGAAUACCAAGGUGAAUGUUCAAAGAAUUCAUAUCCUGGUCGGAGCAUCCGUGUUUAUCAGGAAAUUCAGUGUCCAAGGCGAAUAUAAAGAAAUGGACACUGAAAACCCAUGA